GGGGCGGGGCAGGGCGGGGGAUCACAGCCCCGCACACCCACGGGGGUGGAGGAGAAGGGGGCCAGCGGGCUGCAAGAAUUCAGCCUCGGGCUGGGGGCUGACACCCAGGAGGAAUUUCUCCUCUGGAAAACUGGCCUGGGGACCCCUCCGCCCCAGCCCUUUCACUGUGCUUCUUAAAGGGAUCGCGCCGGUUUUGCUGUGGCUCCAUGGAAGCCAGGUUUGGGACGCUCCGUGGAGACUCUGAACCUUUCCUUCCUGCUUCCUCCCCAGCUGGCAGCCUUCCUCUGGCUGAGUGAGUGGGGGCCUCCCAGGCAUGGCACUGACCAGCCGACCCAGUGCUGACUUGGCUCCUGGGCGCCUUCAGCCUCCGGUGGCAUCUUGCUUACCCCCUCCUGGGGUGCGGCCGUGGUGAGUUGGGGGGACCCAGCCCUGAGCUGCUUGGAGGAGUCGCUGGCACCCCCAUCGCCCUCUCCCCCCAAAAGCUGGAGGACGGUGAGGCGGUCAGGGGCUAUGAUGAGAUGAGCGGGGGCCGCUUUGACUUUGAUGAUGGCGGGUCGUACUGCGGGGGCUGGGAGGGGGGGAAGGCCCACGGCCACGGACUGUGCACGGGCCCCAAGGGCCAGGGCGAAUACUCGGGCUCCUGGAACUUUGGCUUUGAAGUGGCUGGCGUCUACACCUGGCCCAGCGGAAACACCUUCGAGGGAUACUGGAGCCAGGGCAAACGGCACGGGCUGGGCAUAGAGACCAAGGGACGCUGGCUCUACAAGGGCGAGUGGACGCACGGCUUCAAGGGCCGCUAUGGAACCCGGCAGAGCAGCAGCAGCGGUGCCAAGUAUGAGGGCACUUGGAACAAUGGCCUGCAGGACGGCUAUGGCACCGAGACCUAUGCCGAUGGAGGGACGUACCAAGGCCAGUUCACCAACGGCAUGCGCCACGGCUACGGCGUGCGCCAGAGCGUGCCCUACGGGAUGGCCGUGGUGGUGCGCUCGCCCCUGCGCACGUCGCUCUCGUCCCUGCGCAGCGAGCACAGCAACGGCACGGUGGCCCCGGACUCGCCCACCUCGCCGGCCGCCGACGGCCCCACGCUGCCCGCGCCCAUCCCGCGCGGCGGCUUCGCGCUCAGCCUCCUGGCCAACGCCGACGCGGCGGCGCGGGCGGCCAAGGGCGGCGGCCUGUUCCAGCGGGGCGCGCUGCUGGGGAAGCUGCGCCGCGCCGAGUCGCGCACGUCCCUGGGCAGCCAGCGCAGCCGCGUCAGCUUCCUCAAGAGCGACCUCAGCUCGGGCGCCAGCGACGCCGCGUCCACCGCCAGCCUGGGCGAGGGCGCCGACGAGGCCGCGCCCUUCGAGGCCGACAUCGACGCCACCACCACCGAGACCUACAUGGGCGAGUGGAAGAACGACAAGCGCUCGGGCUUCGGCGUGAGCGAGCGCUCCAGCGGCCUCCGCUACGAGGGCGAGUGGCUGGACAACCUGCGCCACGGCUACGGCUGCACCACGCUGCCCGACGGCCACCGUGAGGAGGGCAAGUACCGCCACAACGUGCUGGUCAAGGGCACCAAGCGCCGCGUGCUGCCGCUCAAGAGCGGCAAGGUCCGCCAGAAGGUGGAGCACAGCGUGGAGGGCGCCCAGCGCGCCGCCGCCAUAGCGCGCCAGAAGGCCGAGAUCGCCGCCUCCAGGACAAGCCACGCCAGGGCCAAAGCUGAGGCAGCAGAACAGGCUGCCCUGGCUGCGAACCAAGAGUCCAACAUUGCCCGCACCUUGGCCAGGGAGCUGGCCCCAGAUUUCUACCAGCCAGGUCCGGAGUAUCAGAAGCGCCGGCUGCUCCAGGAGAUCCUGGAGAACUCGGAGAGCCUGCUGGAUUCCCCCGACCGGAGCCCCGCCGCCGCGGGGCUCCCGGAGCGGCCCCGCGAGAGCCCGGAGCUGCACGAGCGCGAGACCCCCGGGCCCGAGGCUGGCCCUCCGUCGCCAGCCGGGACGCCCCCGCAGCCCAAGCGGCCCCGCCCUGCGGCCACGUCCAAAGACGGCCUGCUGAGCCCGGGCGCCUGGAACGGCGAGCCGGGCGGCGAGGGCAGCCGGCCGGUCACGCCAUCCGAGGGCGCGGGCCGCCGCAGCCCCGCGCGGCCGGCCAGCGAGCACAUGGCCAUCGAGGCGCUGCAGGAGCCGCCCGCGCGGUCGCUGGAGCCCGAGGUGGCGCUGUACCAGGGCUACCACAGCUACGCCGUGCGCACCGCGCCGCCCGCGCCGCCGCCCUUUGAGGAGGAGCCCGAGGUCCCCGCGGCCGGCUCCGCGCCCCCGUCCCCCGCCGCCGGCCCAGGGUCGGCGCCCCCGCCGAGGCCCGGACCCGCGCCCGAGAGCCCCGCCAAGCUGGAGCCCAAGCCCAUCGUCCCCAAAGCCGAGCCCAAGGCCAAGGCGCGCCGGACGGGCCGAGGGCUGACCAAGGCCGGGGCCAAGAAGAAAGCUCGGAAGGAGGCUGCGGUGGCGGCAGAGGCCGAGGUGGAGGUGGAGGAGGUCCCCAACACCGUCCUCAUCUGCAUGGUGAUCCUGCUCAACAUCGGCCUGGCCAUCCUCUUCGUUCACCUCCUGACCUGACUUCAUCCACCAGAGCCAGGAGUUCCUGCUGAGGACGCGCGGACCCAUCUUUUUGCAGUGCCAGGCAGGGCGGCCGAGGAGGACUGGACUCGACCUGGAUGCUGGGGUCCAGCCUGCAUCCACACCACAGAUGUUUCAGGAGGCUUCCAGGGGUGCCUGUGCCACGUGGCAGGUGGUGCCCAGAGGAAGAGAAAAUGCUGGGCACCCUCCCAGGCUCUCUGCCCAGUGGCAGGGAAAGCCCUGAUGCAAGAACCUUGGUCUUGAACUCCCCAAUCUGCUCUGUCCCCAUCCUCAUCCUCGCCCCUAGGUCACUCCUGUCCCAGGUUUUUCUUUGUUUUGGGAGAAGUCCCCAAACCAGGAUGUUAAUAUUAAAUCCCAGCCCCCUUCUUUCUACCCUCCCUGAUUUAUUUUGCCCUCUGCUGCGGGGCUGAGGCAUCCCAGGCCAGGGGAGGGAGUGACGCGAUGCCCUCGGUGGGCCAGCACGGGAGACUCUCACACGCCCGGUCCUCCCCCCUCACGCCCGGAGCCCGCCCGCACUCUGUCCCUUGCUUACAGGGGUCCCAGAUGACAGUAGAGGACUUGGACAUGCUCAGUUUGAAUAUCCCAGGAUACAGUGCUCCAAUCUCCUCCCACCGGUCUAGUUAGCUUCCCUCUGGACCAAUAGAAGAGGGGGAGACAUGAGGAAUUGGGGCCUUCGGCUGGAAAGCCCCACUGACCAGGUAGCCGGGGGGUGGGGGUGGGGAGAAGGGCUCAGGGGCAGUUAGGGUGGCCCUGAUGCCUAGUGUGUCUGAGCCUGGGGCUGGCAUUGCAUGUGGGGUCUCCAGGAUGCUGAGGGUGAGAAGGGGUCGCCCUGCAGGGACACGGGGGUGGUGACAUCAAGCUCGGGGAUGCCCCAUAAAUGGGCUGGACUGCUUCCCCUCCCAGGGGCCACUGCAGGCUUGGGGAACUGUGAGCAUGGAAGCCAGGGCCAAUUUCGCCGGGGGCAGACUCAGGCUGGUGCUGAAGACAGGAUACCUGUCCUGUCCACGAGCAUUUCCUGGGGAGAGGGGAGCAAAUCUGGGGCUCCCACGGGGCGCAGUCUGUGAUAAUAAGCCCCUCAGCUUGCUUGGCAGAAGAUGGUAUUUGCAUGUAGCCCAUUACGGGGGGUUUUGAACCACCCUGGUUCUCUGGGCCCUGGUGCUGGCUGGGGGUGGGGGUGGCAGUGGGAGGGGCUGCGGCCUCUGUCCCAGGGAGGAUGGAGGGACCACCUUCUAGGCCCCUCCGAGCCCAGGGAAGGGCACAGUGAUGGCACCAAGCAGGGCUCUCUUUCUGUCUCUUGGGGCGUCUCGGCCUGGCCUCCCCAGAGCAGCUCUUGGACCUGACGUUUGCUUCGGAUGGGCUCGGCUUUCCCUCUCUCAGUACCUGGGAACCUUCCCCGCGGCUCCUCGGCUUUACACUCACUGUUUCAGGCACCGCUGGGGCCUCAAGGCGUGGUUGGAACCUUAGACUGCCUUUCUGCAGAGAGGAACGGGGGUUCUCUCAUCAUCUACGGGCUCUGUAUUUGUGUGGGAGCUUUUCUGGCCAACUAGGGAGUGAGGGGGUGGGCUGGGGGCACUGCUCAAGGCUGACAGGCUCCAGGCCUCGGCGUUGGGGUCCCUGUCCCUGUCCUGCGUUUUUGAUCUGGCCCAGGGCUGGGGAUAGCCUUUGGCAACCAGAACUCCUGGGUCUUGUUUGGGGAGGGGAGUGUUUGGGGUGAGGGUUCGGGAAGCUGCCGUCUGUGCAAUAAUAAACUUGCAUCUGGUCACAGGCUCUGGCUGGGCUGCAGUGUCUACUUGUGGGCCCAGGACAAGGGACUGGCUGAAGGGGGACGAGAGAGGCCAGGACCCUGGAUCAUGCCGGUCCAGGCCCCGUCUCUCUCAGUUCCUAUAAUAGCUCCUGAGGGGCAGUUGACGGGCUUCCAUUUUGGAGGGGCGCCCCAAAAGGCCGCUGACCUUCUAGGACAGACCCUGAGUUUCUAGAGCAGAUUUCCAGACCAGCAUGUAGUGGAAGAAAGAUCCUGCCUUUUUUUUUUUUUUUUUUUUUUUUUGGCUUGCCCAUUGCAUAUGGAGCUCCCGGGCCAGGGAUCAGGUCUGAUCCGCAGUUGCAACCUAAGCCGCAGCUGUGGCAACAUGGGAUCCUUAACCCACUGGGCCCGGCUGAGGGUGAAAUCUGCGUCCCAGGGCUCCCGAGACAGAGCCAAUCCUACUGCACCACAGCAGGAACUCUGAGAUCCUGCCUUUUGAAACUGGCCCCCUUGGGCUCUAGUCCUGCUCGGUGUCCUUAUUUCACUUCUCUGAGCCUCAGUUUCCUCAUCUAUAAAAUAGGGAAAAUAAUAAUGCAGGGGUUGUAGUCAGGAUAACAUUGAAUGUGGAAGCUUAUGUAAAGCCCAGUUGUUGAGAGCAGUGAGAAAUGCAGACUUUCAGAGUUCCCCCUUGUGGUUCAGCAGGUGAUGAGGGGAGCGGGAGUAGCCAGCCCAGUUGGCUAUCUACAGACUGGCUGUGUGUGUGUGUGUGUGUGUGUGUGUGUGUGUGUGUAAAGUAGGGUAUGGAGUUGGGGUGCAGGAGCAUGGCUUAAUCAGAAUCACAUGGAACCGUUUGAAAAGAAAACUUAUUCCUGAGCCCCCUUCCGAACCUAGGAAUCAGGUAAGGCGGGUCAGAGUCGGGCGCCCCCUGGUGGCUGAAGUACAGCACGCAGCCAGGCUGGCCCCUUCUCCAGCCUUGACCACUGGCAGGUCUAGAAGUUUACCCUGUCCCAGGUCCAGGAUCCUUUUACGGUGUCUUACGCCACAAGGGAACUUAAAACCACCUUGUGGACAUUUCCAGGGCCCAUACUUACUGACCACUGCCUUGGGGUUUUGGCAAGAUUCUUCCAGUGCCUGGAAAAAGGGAGGGGCCUGGGAGCUGUGGGAUUCAGACUGGGGAUUCAGGGCAAGAAGAGAAAUUUCUUCAUCUCUGAUGAACCCACAAAGGACCCAGCUGUGCUGGGAGAGGUGCAGGCCCAGAGGACGACCUCUGGAGGCCUCAAGCUUGGAAAAGUUAUAUGGCACACCCUCAAUCAUGUAGCUCAAGAUGAAAACAAUAGCUAAACUGUAAAACGCAAAACUUGCAUGUACGCUGAAAUUAAAAUAGUUCUUCAUUUUU